CUUCCGCAUUGGCAAUUCCUUUGGUGCCGACUUUUCUCCACGUCAGUUUUGCAUUGUAGACAGAUAAUAUUCUAGCGUUGUUAUAAAACACUCAUGUAACAUCGACGAUAACUUUGUAGUUAUCUAAGAAACAGCCACCAGUCGCAUCGACAAUGUCAUUAACGUUACUGGAGACGGAUGACAGCUAUGACUUUGUUUUUAAAAUAGUUUUAGUGGGAGAUGUAGGUGUUGGCAAAACUUGUGUGGUUCAACGGUUCAAGUCUGGCAAUUUCAUGGAAAGACAAGGAAAUACCAUCGGAGUGGACUUUACCAUGAAGACAAUGGAUAUUCAAGGGAAGAGAGUGAAGCUGCAGAUCUGGGACACGGCGGGCCAGGAACGUUUCAGGACGAUCACCCAGAGUUAUUACCGCAGCACCAACGGAGCCGUCAUUGCCUAUGACAUCACUAAGAGAGGAACCUUCAUGGCUGUGCCCAAGUGGAUGGAGGACGUCAAGAAAUACGGAGGGUCAAACAUUGUACCCCUGCUCAUCGGGAAUAAGUCUGACCUGGUGGAUCAGCGUGAGGUGUCGUUAGAAGAUGCCCAGACCAUGGCCCACCAGCUGGAGUUCCUGACGGCCAUUGAGACAUCGGCUAAAGACGCCUCCAACGUGGAUGAGGCCUUUAACAAGAUGGCCGCCGAGCUCAUCCUGCGCCACGGGGGACCCAUGUUCAAUGACAAUGUGACGGAAAGCUUCAAACUCAACAGCAAAGACAUGGGCGGAGAAGGCUGGGGCUGUGGCUGCUGAUAGGAGGUGGAGAGGGGACUGUGCAUGUUGAUAAUUCAAAGGUUUUGCACCAGCUGGGACUGUGGAUAGUGACCAACAGGUGGUUUGUUGACAUGUGUUGUGAAAAACAUAUAUUUGUUUUAUUCUGUUUCAGGGACCAGUUGAGAAACUUUCUGAUGUAGCAAUACCUGUUUUUUAUUGGGGGAGGGGGGCAUGACCUGCACAGAAAUAUUUCGCAGAGAGAAAAGUGGAUGUUAUUGGACGUAAAUAGAAUCUCUGAUCCAGAGAGUUGAUCUGAACCACUAUUGGAGUCAAACCCUGACUUUUACUUCCCAGAGCAUGUAGCUGUGCUGUCCCUCCCUGCCCUUAAACGGAGACAGACAAGCCUGACAGGAAAUGUUAAAUCUAUCACUUCAUAUGGUGUGGUGGCCUGACAUCACAGAUGUUAUUGAACCUUGUUCUGUAGACAGUAUUACAGUGUAGAAUAUAUAUAAACCUGCCUAGCAAGUCAUGACAGGAUUGAUGAUGAUGUGUUUAUGGGGAGGACAGAGUACAUACACGUACCAUAGACUUUGAUAUUUUUGCACAGUGAUUAUUGUUAGAAAUUGACCUGCCAUGUUUGAAGUUGUGCGAUAUGUCAAGGAAAGGUGCAUGGUGUGCCUAGUGUUGCACAUCAGAGUGUAAUCUUGAUUCUGAAUGCUUGUUGAAUCAUGACUGGCACAAUCAGUCUCCUCCUGUGAAGACUACAGGAGCAGACAGUGCAUUUUGGAAAGUAUUCAGACCCCUUGACUUUGUCCACAUUUUGUUAGAUUACAGCUUUAUUCUAAAAUGGAUUAAAUAAAAAUGUCUCAUCAAUGUACACACAAUACCCCAUAAUGACAAAGCAAAAACUGUUUUUUAGAUAUUUUUGCAAAUUUAUUACAAAUAAAAACAUACCUUACAUAAGUACUCAGACCCUUUGCUAUGAGACUCAAAAUUCAGCUCCGGUGCAUCCUGUUUCCAUCCUUGAGAUGUUUCUACAACUUGAUUGGAAAGGCACACACCUGUCUAUAUAAGGUCCCACAGUUGACAGUGCAUGUCAGCAAAAAUCAAUCUGUGAGGUCAAAGGAAUUGUCCGUAGAGCUCCGAGACAGGAUUGUGUCAAGGCACAGAUCUUGGGAAGGGUACCAAAACAUUUCUUCAGCAUUGAAGGUCCCCAAGAACACAGUGGCCUUCAUCAUUCUCAAAUUUAAGAAGUUUGGAACCACCAAGAAUCUUCUUAGAGCUGGCCGCCCAGCUAAACUGAGCAUUCGGGUGAAGGGCCUUGGUCAGGGAGGUGACCAAGAACCCGAUGGUCUCUCUGACAGAGCUCCAGAGGACCUCUGUGGGGGAUGGGAGGUCUCUGCAGUACUCCACCCAUCAGGCCUUUAUGGUAGUGGCCAAACAUGCCACUCCUCAGUAAAAGGCAUGACAGCCCACAAGGAGUUUGCCAAAAAUAACCUAAAGGACUCUCAGACCAUGAGAAACAAGAUUUUCUGGUCUGAUGAAACCAAGAUUGAACUCUGGCCUGAAUGCCAAGCGUCACGUCUGGAGUAAACCUGGCACCAUCCCUACGGUGAAGCAUGGUGGUGGCAGCAGCAUGCUGUGGGGAUGUUUUUCAGCAGAAGGGACUGGGAGACUAGUCAGGAUCAAGGGAAAGAUGAACUAAGCAAAGUACAGGGAGAUCCUUAAUGAAAAUCUGCCCCAGAGUGUUUAAGACCUCAGGCUGGGGUGAAGGUUCACCAUCCAACAGGACAACGAGCCUAAGCACACAGCCAAGACAACUCAGGAGUGGCUUUGGGACAAGUCACUGAAUGUCCUUGAGUUGCCCAGCCAGAGCCCGGACUUGAAUCCGUUCGAACAUCUCUGGAGACAUGACAAUAUCUGUGCAGCGACGCUCCCCAUCCAACCUGACAGAGCUUGAGAGGAUCUGCAGAGAGGAAUGGCAGAAUUUCCCCAAAUACAGGUGUGCCAAGCUUGUAGUGUCAUACCCAAUCAGACUCCAGGCUGUAAUCGCUGCCAAAGGUGUUUCUACAAUUGAAUAAAUGAUCUGAAUACUUAUGUAAAUGUUAUCGUUCAGUUUUUUGCUUUGCAAUUAUGGGGCAUUGUAUGAAGAUUGAUGAGGGCGGGAAGCAAUCCUAGGAUAAGGCUGUAACGUAACAAAAUGCGGAAAAAGUCAAGGGGUCUGAAUACUUUCCGGCUACACUGUAUGUGUUGUACUAUGUACUGCGGGAAGGGAGUAUUAGGCUGUUUUAUAUCUGUCUCGGGCUUGUAGGUGGAAUGCAAGGGUUGUGAAUCAACUUUCUGUAUAGUACCAUUUACUAUGUACCUUUUAUGGAUCUGUACAUUCUGAAGGAGAUUGAUGGAUUUUGAUCACACAUGUCAAAUAGCUUUUUGAAAUGUGCUAGUUAAAGUAUACAUCCAGUUUUAUAAUACAAAAUCAGUUUCAGGAAAUAUGUCACAUUUUAAUAACUUGGUUGAAAUGGUAGUCAUGGCUCUAUUUAAUACUGUUUCCCAGCCUGUUCUGGACCUGGGGACUGUGAAGAGACCUCUGGUUGCAUGUCUUGUGUUGUACCAAUGGGUGUCCGGACUGUGUGUGAACUGCUUGAACAGACGGUUUAAUAACCUCACACAAAGACCAAUAGUGAUGCAGUCAAUUUCUCCUAAACUUUGAGCCAGGAGAGACUGACAUAGAUGUUACUGACACUUUCCCUCUGUGUACAUCUAAGUGCGAUACGUGCUGCUUUGUUCUGGACCAACUGCAAUUUACCUUUGUCUUUUGACGCACAUGACCACACAAUACGGACUGUGGUUCCAAAAAAAGACCAAUUAGGAAUUUGGUCGGGGGUCGACUACUGGUAUUAUAUGAAUACAAAUAAGACGUGGAAAAUGCUAAAUGAGCUUUAAAAAGGCAACCUUUUCCCUUUGCUUCAUGGCAUAAUGUAUAGAAUUGCAUAAAUUAGCUUUAAAAGGGCAACCUUUUCCCUUUGCUUUGUGACAUAAUGUAUAGAAUUGCAUAAAUUAGCUUUAAAAAGGCAACCUUUUCCCUUUGCUUUGUGGCAUAAUGUAUAGAAUUGCAUAAAUUAGCUUUAAAAAGGCAACCUUUUCCCUUUGCUUUGUGGCAUAAUGUGUAGAAUUGCAUAAAUUGGCUUUAAAAAGGCAACCUUUUCCCUUUGCUUCAUGGCAUAAUGUAUAGAAUUGCAUAAAUUAGCUUUAAAAGGGCAACCUUUUCCCUUUGCUUUGUGACAUAAUGUAUAGAAUUGCAUAAAUUAGCUUUAAAAAGGCAACCUUUUCCCUUUGCUUUGUGGCAUAAUGUAUAGAAUUGCAUAAAUUAGCUUUAAAAAGGCAACCUUUUCCCUUUGCUUUGUGGCAUAAUGUGUAGAAUUGCAUAAAUUGGCUUUAAAAAGGCAACCUUUUCCCUUUGCUUUGUGGCAUAAUGUGUAGAAUUGCAUAAAUUGGCUUUAAAAAGGCAACCUUUUCCCUUUGCUUCAUGGCAUAAUGUAUAGAAUUGCAUAAAUUAGCUUUAAAAAGGCAACCUUUUCCCUUUGCUUCAUGGCAUAAUGUAUAGAAUUGCAUAAAUUAGCUUUAAAAAGGCAACCUUUUCCCUUUGCUUUGUGACAUAAUGUGUAGAAUUGCAGGAAAUGAACUUUAAGAACUGCUAAUUCUUUCUGCCAACAAUAGUUUUUUUUAACAGUUUGGGGUUGCAUGGGUUGUGAGGUGGGGGUUUGCUACAUCGAUAAAUGACUAUCAAUCCAGACCUUUGCCACCUAGGACAUUUGUGUGACAGGACCUGCUCGAAUAGUAUUUGAGAACCCCUGUUCUAGAUGAACAGAGUGCCUUUCUCUGUUAUUGAGUUGUGGAGAGAGAUAUGACAGAAGUGAGAAUAGACAAUGGAAUCAUAAUGUGUAACUAUUCAGUUAUUCCACAUCUUUAUAAGAGUGAGGUGUUGUCAGUGAAUGUUUGUUUUUCAUCUUUGUAUUCUGAACCUGAUCUGUUCAUGUCAUUUUCUUAGGUAAACCUUUUCUUUGGUUUGAGGGUUGCAGAACUAUUGGUGGGCUUUUGAGGGGCUGAGGGAAACCAGUAGUUCAGGUUAUUUGUCUUUUAUCAACAAUAGCAAAUUAGAUAAAUAUUGUUCAUCUUAACUUGUCAAUAAAAUAAAUAUCAUAGCCUA